AUGUCAGCACCCUCAUCGUCUGAUAACUCGACGCAUCAGCUGGGCGAAGAUGGCGCGGGACAGCGGCAUUUACUGGGCCAAGACGGUGCCGGACAACGUAAGUUACUUGGUGAAGAUGGUGCUGGACAACGCCAUUUACUCGGUCAAGAUGGCGCGGGACAGCGUCAUCUACUCGGCCAAGACGGUGCCGGACAACAAACAACACGUUUUCUCAAAUUCCGCCAUACUACAAUAUACGAUGUCAUUAAUUAUUAUCGUUGUCACCAUGAUGUUAGUUAUUUAGAUAGAUAUAAUGCUGGUCGUCCACCUGCACUUGAUUCAACGCAAAUUAAGCAACUUGAUCAAAUUAUAAAACAAAAUCGAUCAGGUACUGCUGCUGAAUUAUUAUCACAUACGAACUUCAAUACCACCGAACGCACAAUACAAUCUUACCGUUUAUCUCUUGGCUAUCGUCCUCGUAAGUCUGUUUUUGAAGUUAAGACUAGCAAUAAAAAUGAACAAAAUCGGUAUCAAUUUGCGGCACAACAUUAUUUGGCCAAUAUAAAAAAAAACUUUUUGAAGAUGAAUGUUAUGUGGGGUUAA